AUGGCUACAAAAAGCAACAUUGAUACUCAUAAGUGUUGCAAGUGUAAGACUACCAAGUGCUUGAAACUAUAUUGUGGUUGCUUUGCUGCUGAAUCUUAUUGUCCUGAAGCUUGCUCUUGCAAAGAAUGCUGUAAUCUACUUGAUUAUGAAGAUACAGUUCAAGUCGCACAUCAACAAGCAAAAGUGAGAAAUCCACUUGCAUUUUCCACCAAGAAGGAUAAAGAUAGGAACAAAAUCGGUUGUGAAUGUAAGUUGUCAAUGUGCUUGAAAGAAUCAUGUAAGUGCAAUAAGCUGAAUCUUCUAACUUUGAGGAUGAUAGGAACAAGUAAAACGGAUUAUGAUUUGGAUCUUCCAACUUUGGAUCAGCUUGAAUUGAUGAAUCAGUUCACUUCUCAAGAUUUGGAUCAGUUUGAAUUCAUGAAUCAGUCUACAUCUCAAUAUUUCAAUGUAAGAAAUGAUGAGAUGAAAAAGUAG